GGCGACCGGCUGGUUCUCUGAGCAGUGCGAGAGGUGAGGAGAGGAGGAGCGCUUGAGGCGAGGGCCGUACACUUUAUUUUUUAUUUUUUAUUUUUAUUUUUCCGUUCCAACCGGCCCGGUAAAUAACGGAGAGAGGACUUCCCCGUCCAACUGUCAGACCGGGACCUUAGGUCAAACUAACUCCGGUUCACCGGACAGACAGAACGUUAACGGGACCAGAACUCUGCUUUCCUUUUCCUCUGCCGUGAUUCAGCCCAAUCCGAAAUCAGACCACACCGAUCUGCCGACGCUAAAACUUUCCGUUUCUCUCUCUACCGGGACUAAAUCCUUUCUCAUCGAAACAUAAUCUCCCAGUAUUAACGACAGUUUUAAUGGUUUGGGAACUUUUCCUUUCAGGUCGUGGGGAGUUGUAUUCGGUCUAAAGGACACAGCGCCGCCACCCAACUUUGGAACGCUUUUCUCCGUGGAACUUAUUUCUGUCUGGUGCGGUAACGGGGCAUGACGAGGAUUAUCUGACUGGACGUCGCUGAGACACUAGACACACCGUUUUUUUUCUCCAGUAAAGGGGUAAGGGGUCAGAGGUGAGGAUGGCAGGAGCCUCGGUGAAGGUGGCGGUACGCGUGCGACCUUUCAACUCCCGGGAGACCAGCCGAGAUGCCAAGUGUGUUAUACAGAUGCAAGGCAACUCCACCUGCAUCUCCAACCCCAAACAGCCCAAGACUGAAGGCAAGAGUUUCACCUUCGACUACUCUUACUGGUCACACACCACGGCGGAGGAUGACAGGUUUGCCUCCCAGAGACAAGUCUAUAAGGACAUUGGAGAGGAGAUGUUGCUUCAUGCUUUUGAAGGAUACAAUGUCUGUAUCUUCGCUUACGGACAGACAGGAGCAGGGAAGAGUUACACCAUGAUGGGACGGCAGGAAGAGGGACAGGAGGGGAUCAUUCCACAGCUGUGUGAGGAUUUGUUUAAGAGGACAGUUGGGAACACAGAUCCUGACCUCUCCUUCUCAGUGGAGGUGUCCUACAUGGAGAUCUACUGUGAGAGGGUGCGUGACCUGUUGAACCCUAAGUCGAAGGGUACACUCCGUGUUAGGGAGCACCCUAUAAUGGGACCGUAUGUUGAAGAUCUGUCUAAACUGGCUGUAACGGGAUACAGUGACAUUCAGGACCUAAUGGACUGUGGAAACAAAGCUAGGACGGUGGCGGCAACCAAUAUGAAUGAGACGUCGAGUCGUUCCCACGCCGUCUUCACCAUUGUGUUCACACAGAAACGAAGAGACCAGCUCACCAGCCUGGACACGGAGAAGGUCAGUAAGGUGAGUCUGGUGGACCUAGCUGGUAGUGAGAGAGCCGACUCGUCGGGGGCAAAGGGUUUGAGGUUGAAGGAAGGAGCUAAUAUCAACAAGUCUCUCACCACCCUGGGGAAGGUCAUCUCUGCUCUGGCUGAAAUGCAGAACAGUAAGAAGAGGAAGUCCGACUUCAUCCCCUACAGAGACUCGGUCCUCACCUGGCUACUGAAAGAGAACCUGGGUGGGAACUCCAGGACAGCGAUGAUAGCUGCUCUCAGUCCAGCAGACAUUAACUAUGAAGAAACACUCAGUACACUCAGGUAUGCGGACCGCGCCAAGCAGAUCAGGUGUAAUGCUAUAAUCAAUGAGGAUCCCAACGCCAGACUGAUCAGAGAACUGAAAGAAGAAGUCAACAGACUGAGAGACCUGCUGUUCUCACAAGGGCUGUCUGAGCUACUGGCUGUAACAGGUGGAGAGGUGAACAACAACAGUGCUCUAGGCUCCUCCCCCUCAGGCCCGCCAACCAACCAGCCAAUCACCGCUAACGGCCAAUCAGAAGCCCCACAGAACCCUGCCCAAGAUUCUAACUCCGCCCCUGACCGUGACGAAGACUCCACCCCUGACGGAGACGCUGAUCACAUGACGGCGGACUUUGCUGAAGGGGAGGAGCUUGUUGAGACCAUCAGCAAAGAGGAGGUGGCUGAGAGACUGGAGGAGACUGAGAAGAUCAUUGCUGAGCUGAACGAGACAUGGGAAGAGAAACUGAGGAAGACUGAAUCUAUACGACAUGAGAGAGAGUCUCUGCUGGCUGAGAUGGGCGUGUCCAUUAAAGAAGAUGGAGGAACGUUAGGGGUGUUCUCUCCUAAAGGGACUCCCCACCUGGUGAAUCUGAACGAGGAUCCUCUGAUGUCAGAAUGUCUGCUGUACUACAUCAAGGAGGGAGUGACCAGGGUCGGCCAACAGGAUGUGGAUAUCAGACUCUCUGGUCAGUUCAUCGAGGAACAACACUGUGUCUUCUACAGUCAUACCAACCACCAGGGAGAGGUCAUAGUAACCCUGGAGCCUCUGGCAGGGGCGGAGACUUAUGUCAACGGGAAACAGAUCACAGAAGCGCUGGUGCUAAAACAAGGUAACCGUAUAGUGAUGGGGAAGAACCACGUGUUCCGAUUCACCCACCCAGAACAGGCCCGUCUGGAGCGAGAACAGAGAGAGAGGAGCGGUACCAGUCCCAGCCAGCAGGAGACCGAAUGCACUGCCAACACAGUCCUCCAGGGGGAGCCGGAGGACUGGACCUACGCUCAGCGAGAACUCCUGGAGAAACAAGGGAUCGAUAUCAAACUGGAAAUGGAGAAGAGACUGCAGGACAUGGAGAUUCAGUACCGGAGAGAGAAGGAGGAGGCUGACCUGUUACUGGAGCAGCAGAGACUGUAUACAGACUCAGACAGUGGAGAUGACUCUGAUAAGAGAUCCUGUGAAGAGAGCUGGAGACUGAUUUCUUCCCUCAGAGAGAAACUACCUGCUAACAAGGUCCAGUCGAUAGUAAAGCGCUGUGGCCUGCCCAGUAGUGGGAAACGGCGAGAACCGCUCAGGGUCUAUCAGAUCCCUCAGCGUCGGCGAAUCAGCAAAGACCCCAAACGGGUUACCAUCAGAGAUCUGAGGAUGCAGGCGGUCAAAGAGAUCUGCUAUGAGGUUGCCCUGGGUGAUUUCCGCCACUCUCGCCAGGAGAUUGAGGCUCUGUCCAUUGUGAAGAUGAAAGAGUUGACCAGGAUGUAUUCCAAGAAGGACAACACAGAGUCAGACAGCUGGAGGGCUGUAGCACAGGAUGUCUGGGACACCGUGGGGAUAGGGGAGGACAGGAGGGAGGAGGUGGAGGAGGGAGGAGGAGGAGGAGGAGGAGGGGCGGCGCCAGGGCCUGGGGGUGUGUACGACCUGAAGGCUCAUAUUGAUAGGCUGACGGAUGUUCUACAGGAAGUAAAAAUUCAGAAUAACAUGAAGGAUGAAGAGAUCAAAGCUCUGAGAGACAGGAUGGUCAAGAUGGAGAGCAUUAUACCUACUGGACAGGAGGAGGACAUGGAAAAUGACGACGAGGAAGGGGGCGGUUCCCAAUGUGAUGGUGACGAUGAUGACGGACAGCCCAAUCCACCCAAUGAGAAGAGAGUAGUGAAGCUGAUGACAGACGACCCAGCCUUCAGACGAGGGAGGAUGAGGUGGCUGAAACAGGAACAGACUCGACUACAGAACCUUCAACAGCAGAAUAUCACUAAAAGACUCAGACAGAACACCCAGAACUCCCCAACUCCCAACACCCCUCUGGUCCCAGUGCACCCCCCUCCUGUGGUCCAUCUCCCCGGGACCGGGCCGCUUCAUCCCACCGCAGGACUGUAAACUCAAGUUCCCCUUCAAGAGCAACCCUCACCACCGCCUCUCGUGGAGCCCUGCCACCGCCCUGAUGAUGCUGGGGGAAGGGGGCGUAGAAGGGGAGUGGGAGGAAAGGGCAGAGGGGGGAUAUGGUAAAGUAACUCCUCCUCUUCCUCUUCCUCCUCCUGCUGCUCCUCUCCUCCCACUCCCUUUCCAGAUGGUCCCUAGAGGCCACACCCCUUCCCCACACCGCACCUGGCAACAACCACAACAGCACCGUAGCAACAGUAACCACGGGAACCCACACUUCCCAGUUCCCGGGCAACAGCAGGGGCCGCCUCCGUGGCGAUACAGACGGAACUCCCUGGACAGCUCCCCGCAGGGCAACAACAACAAUCACCAGGGAAACUACUACCACGGCAACCACAACAACGACGACAACAGCGGAGGAGGUGGUCACCAGGGGCGACCGCGUUACCGUGGAGGAGGAGGGAUGGAGGGAAGAGGAAGAGAGAGGGAUCAGAGAGGAGGAGGGGGGAGGUUUCAGCAAGGGGGAGGAGACAGAGGAAGAGGAGGGUACCAUCACCCUUACUACAUCCCUCCUCACCAACACCUCUACCACAGCAGCAGUCUGCCGCGCAACCACAACCCUCCACCAGGGGGCCACAUGUCUCCACCAGGGGGCCACAUGUCUCCACAGGGAAGAGGAAGUGGUGCAGGGUGGUUUCAGGAAGGGUACAGCACCCCACCUCGCAUGAAGAGGCAGUUUAGUGCCCCCGAUCUGAAGAGCAAGGAGACUCCCGUUUAACCUCUCACCCUUUGACCCCACACACACACACAGACGACCUUCCUAUAAGGACACUGCAUUUCCAGCUGGCAGGCUUUCGAACCUGUCGUAACACUACAUACUGCUGUUAUAACUGAUGCUACUACACUACAUGACAUGGUGUGUAAUGUAGCUGUAUGAACUGAGGCGUGUGUGUGUGUGUGUGUGUGUGUGUGUGUGUGUGUGUGUGUGAACGCUUUGCUUAGCACACAACAAUGAGUCUGCACUCUCUGUCACACAACAAUGAGUCUACACACUCUCUGUCACACAACAAUGAGUCUACACUCUCUGUCACACAACAAUGAGUCUACACUCUCUGUCACACAACAAUGAGUCUACACACUCUCUGUCACACAACAAUGAGUCUACACUCUCUGUCACACAACAAUGAGUCUACACACUCUGUCACACAACAAUGAGUCUACACACUCUCUGUCACACAACAAUGAGUCUACACACUCUCUGUCACACAACAAUGAGUCUACACACUCUGUCACACAACAAUGAGUCUACACUCUCUGUCACACAACAAUGAGUCUACACUCUCUGUCACACAACAAUGAGUCUACACUCUGUGUUCCUACUGUUUAGCUUUCUCAUAUACAACUGGUCUUUUUUAAAAUCGUAGUUCUUGAGGGUCUUUCUGGAGUUCAGCAGUUCUGUUUUAGUUGUUGAUACGUUUUCAUGCACCAGCAGCAGGGCAGUGCAUUAUGGGGCCUGGCCCGGUGCAUUAUGGGGCCUGGCCCGGUGCAUUAUGGGGCCUGGCCCGGUGCAUUAUGGGGCCUGGCCCGGUGCAUUAUGGGGCCUGGCCCGGUGCAUUAUGGGGCCUGGUACCUCCUUUCCCGUCCAAAUUAAAUACUGAUCAUUUAUUUGACCGAGACGCGCGCCAACACCCUUCAAUCUCAGAUAAAGGAGGGAGAGAAACAGCACCCCUCUGUCUCCACUGUGUCCUCUGUCCCCUCUGUCUGUCCCCUCUGUCUGUCUCCACUGUGUCCUCUGUCCCCUCUGUCUGUCCCCUCUGUCUGUCUCCACUGUGUCCUCUGUCCCCUCUGUCUGUCCCCUCUGUCUGUCUCCACUGUGUCCUCUGUGUCCUCUGUCUGUCCCCUCUGUCUGUCUCCACUGUGUCCUCUGUCCCCUCUGUCUGUCCCCUCUGUCUGUCUCCACUGUGUCCUCUGUCCCCUCUGUCUGUCCCCUCUGUCUGUCUCCACUGUGUCCUCUGUGUCCUCUGUCCCCUCUGUCUGUCUCCUCUGUGUCCUCUGUGUCCUCUGUCCCCUCUGUCUGUCUCCUUUGUCUCAUCUGCCUCAUCUGUGUCCUCUGCGAUACUAUUUCUGGCCAGACAGCAUCAGAGACAUAUAGUAACAUAGAGAGGUGCUGAUUGGCUCGAAUGCUUUCUCCAGUGAGAUAGUUACAGCAGAGAGGAAGUCUCUCCAGAAUAAGCCCAGUGCGUUUCUAUGGGCAUAAUAUGCAGACCUAAGCAUGUCGCCUGCCUUCCUGCCAUUAGGAUGACUCCCCCCAUUGUUCGGGGCAGAGACAUGAGCAUUAGUCAUUAUAUACAGAUCUCUAGUUUCAGCCUCUUGGGAAUUGGAAAGUUGGCGGGUGCACAGUGCACUGUUAGGAUGAUGUCUUCCCUUUAAAGUAAAUUAUAUAAUUACUCCUGUU